AACUCAUUAAAUGUUCAGACUUCAGUCGAAUGACAUUUCAAUCUGUUUUACUUAUAAAAAACAUGGCGCUUAAUAAAGCUGAUUGGCAAACUCCUGCACCAUUAUGGCAAAAUGGUCCAGUACCUGGUGCAUUUUAUCAUUUUCCGGGAAAUUCUACGCAUUUCAAAGUUGGAGGAUACCAAAGAUCACAAGCACCAAUGACAACUGGUACAUCUGUAGUUGGAAUUCAAUUUAAAAAUGGUAUUCUCAUAGCAACAGAUAUUCUUGGAUCAUAUGGAUCAUUGGCUAGAUAUCGAAAUCUUGAACGUGUGAUGAAAGUGAAUGAUAAUAUUAUCCUUGGUGCAGGAGGAGAUUAUGCUGAUUAUCAAUGUUUAAAAAGCCAUAUUGAAAGAAAAAUUCUUGAGGAAGAAUGUCUUGAUGAUGGUUUAUCUUUAAAACCAAAAGCUCUUCAUUGUUGGUUAACUCGAGUAUUAUAUAAUAGGAGAUCACAGUUUGAUCCAUUUUGGAAUAAUUUUAUUAUUGGAGGUUUAGAAGGAGAUAAAUUAUUUUUGGGUACUGUGGAUAAACUUGGUACAGCCUAUAGUGACCCAGUAAUUGCAACUGGAUAUGGUGCAUAUAUGGCAACACCUAUUUUAAGAAAAGCUUAUGAAGAAAAUAAAGAAAUGAGUAAAGAGCAAGCAAUUGAACUUUUAUAUAAAGUAAUGCAAGUUCUUUAUUACAGAGAUGCACGGUCUUUUCCAAAGUAUCAAGUUGGAGUAAUCACAAGGGAAGAAGGUGUUGAAAUACAAGGACCAUUAACUUUAGAUAGUUAUUGGGGGCCUGCUAUUAUGUAAAAUAAAUAUAAAUAAUUUUUCUUAAUAAAAAUAUCUGUAACAAUUCUAUUAAA